AGGUUUAUGCUUUAUGUAAUAAAGCCAGAAUUCUACGUCUUGACAAGAUUAUAGUUGGCAACAUUGGAAAUAACCUCAAAACAAAAUAAAAAAAAAUCAGACAUCGUUUCGUUCGUUCAUUUUAUUUUCAGAAAAUUGAAAGAAAAUGUAUUAUUGAAAUUUUGUUUUGUUUUUUGAAAAAAAGUGAUCAUAAAAAUUAAAGCAUGGUUUCAGUACUUAUUAAUGCUGUCAAAAGGCUGCAUAUAUCUAUUGUUCCUCAAGUUCGUGUUUAUUCUUCAAAUGUUACCUCACCUGCAUCCACAAAUUCUCUAAAUGUUGUUCAGAAAGAAUGGAAGUACGCUCCUCUUUAUACGAAGCCCCGAGAAGUAUGGAUUGAAAAUCUUGACUCGAUUGAAGAAAAAAAGUUAGGACUAUUUGAAUUACAUCCCGAUGUAUACGCAGCAGUACCGAGGAUAGACAUAAUACAUAAUAAUGUUGUUUGGCAAAAGAAGUACAGAUGGGUAUCAUGGGCACAUACAAAAACUAGAGCUGAAGUAAGAGGCGGUGGUAGAAAGCCUUGGCCUCAGAAAGGUUUAGGUCGAGCCAGACAUGGUUCCAUAAGGUCACCAUUAUGGCGUGGGGGUGGUAUAGCACAUGGACCACGAUCAGGAAAAACCCACUUCUUCAUGUUACCAUUUCCACUAAGAAUACAAGGUCUUACAUCGACAUUAUCAGCAAAGCUAGCUCAAGAUGAUUUACAUGUUGUGAAAGAUCUAGAAUUGCCUUCGGAGGAACCAGAAUACUUGGAAGAGCUAAUAAAGGAAAGAAAUUGGGGACCAUCAGUUUUAUUGGUUGAUGAUACGGAUUAUGCUCCCCGCAAUAUAACAGUUGCCACCGAUGGCCUACCUCAUGUCAAUAUUAUGCCUGUAUAUGGACUAAAUGUUUACUCUAUGUUGAAACAUGACACACUGGUCUUGACAAUGUCUGCUGCAGAAAGAAUUGAAGAAAGGAUCCUGCACCAUCUCCAUUCCUUUACACAUGAUAAAGAAGCAAAGUUCAAACUUGAUCAAGUAUGAUAAAUACAUUUUUUGCCCUUCUUGUGUUAUCUUUCCUUUGUAUUUUCUUGUGUUAUACCUGUGUGAUAUUAUAAGUACUUGCAAUAUUUGUUUAUUUAGUAUACAUAACUUCAGAAUAAGGACAUAAGGAAAUAAACAUUAAAAAGUAA